AAUAAACCAUGUCUCCCCUAAUCACUUCUCCAAAUUUUUGAUGUGAUUUUCUUCUUUUUUUUCCCUUUUCUUAUUUUGUUCUCUUCUAAAAAAAUUCAAUCUCAUUCAACUAUCAUCUAUUUCUUCAUCUUCAAAUUCUCUCUCAAAAACACAAAAAAAUUAUUUUCUUAUUAUGUCAAAUGAUAAAGGCAAAGAAGUGGUAGAAGGAUCGUCGAGAUCUGGAGGUGGUGGAGGAGAAGGAGGAGGAGGAGGAGGAGAUCAACCGCCGCCUCUGAGUCGUUAUGAGUCUCAGAAGAGGAGGGAUUGGAACACUUUUGGGCAAUACCUGAGGAACCAGAGGCCGCCAGUUGCCCUAUCACAGUGCAACUCCAAUCAUGUGUUGGAAUUUUUAAGGUACUUAGAUCAAUUCGGAAAAACUAAGGUUCACAUGCAAGGUUGUGUGUUUUUUGGUCAACCUGAGCCACCGGGGCCUUGUUCUUGCCCACUUAGGCAGGCUUGGGGAAGCCUCGAUGCUCUGAUAGGACGGCUGAGAGCCGCCUAUGAAGAGAAUGGUGGCCUCCCCGAGACAAACCCUUUUGCAAGUGGAGCUAUAAGAGUUUAUCUUCGUGAUGUUAGGGAUUCCCAAGCAAAAGCUCGUGGAAUUCCCUACACCAAGAAAAAGAAGAAGAAGCUUAAUCCGAUUCUUAAUAAACCGAACAAUAAUAAUAAUAACGAUCAUCAUCAACAUGAUCAUAGCUCAAGCUUCACCAUGCAUCAUCAUCACCAGUGAUGGAUUUUGAAUUCAACUAUGGCUUUUUUGCAAAAUUCCCCUAAAUCAAAAGGUACAAGGCUCUUGAUCAAGUCCAAAUUUUAUCAACAAUCUCAUAAAGUUUCACCAUCAUUUUAUGGAGCUGCAAUUAAUAUAUAUAUAUAUAUAUAUAUUUAUAUAUAUAUUUAUAUGUAUGUAUGUGCAUCAAUAUUCAAUAUUAUUCCAAUCACUCACAAUUUUGGAAUAUAUUACACUGUUAUAAAAAUAUAUAUGCUUAAUUAUAUACUAUUGAUCCCUUGUUUAUUU